UGCAUGACAAGGAAAAUGGCGGCCUCCAUAAGGGAAAAAUACCUUGCCCGUUUCUCUGCAAAAUGGCCGUUUGCUACAAAGGUCGAAUGUGAAGCUCACAAGGAAGAAGGAUUGAUGCGUGCAGACUCUGAGCAUUUGAGAACUAUUUUCAAUAAGUAUGCCAGCGUGACUGAAGGAGAUGAGAAGUUUAUGACAUAUCCGGACUUCAUUCAGAGAUUUCUGCAGUUGUUAGACACCAAGGACUAUAAUGAGUACACACUGCAGCUUUUCGGCAGCAGUAUCGAUACAAGCCGAGAUGGCAAAAUCUCCUUUACAGAGUUCCAGGCAUUUGAGCAUCUGCUUUCCCUACCUGAUGCCAUGUACAGGCUAUCUUUCCAGAUCUAUGAUCGCAAUGGAAGUGGCUUCUUAAACUUUAAGGAGUUUGAAGAUAUAGUAAAACACACAACUCUACACAAGACAAUACCAUUUAACUUUGAUUGUGACUUUAUACAACUACAUUUUGGUGUGGACAAAUCAAGACGCAUUUCUUACGCUGAAUUUACACAGCUUAUACACGAUUUCAACGAAGAACAUGCACUCCAGGCUUUUAGAAAAUUUGACCAUGAUAACAAUGGCUAUAUAAAUGCAAAAGAUUUUGAAGAAAUCAUGAUUUCUCUAAAGAGUUACCUGCUCACACCAUUUGUACAGGAAAAUCUAGUAUCUAUGUGCAUAACGGUAGCAGUGGGAGAUUUUCAUAAGAAGAUUAGCUAUGCAUACUUCACAGCAUUUAUUUCAUUGCUAAACAACAUGGAAUUGAUGAAGAAAAUCUACAUGGCUGCAACAAAAAGAGAUGUAAAUGUUGCUUGCACAAAAGAGGAGUUGAUGUACCAGUCACAAGAGUUCCCACAGAUUACACCAAUGGAACUUGAUAUCCUCUUCCAACUUGUACAGCUUCUACAUCAAACACAACAGAGUACAGAGAGACAGAUGGGGCUUGUGAUGUUCCAAGAUCUGGAAGAGUUGUCUCCUAUGGAAGGACGUGAAACGCCAUUUUCAUUGCAGCUGCAAAUUGCUGAGGAAGACCUGAGACUGGAGACCGGUGCUGAGCGCACAGUUUUACUACAGAUUGCUGAGAGUGUUUACAGGUUUGGACUUGGAGCUCUGGCCGGAGCUACUGGGGCUACAGCAGUCUACCCUAUAGAUCUGGUAAAAACACGGUUACAGAACCAGAGAACUGGUAUGAUGGUGGGUGAGUUGAUGUACAAGAACAGCUUUGACUGUUUCAAGAAAGUAGUACGUCACGAGGGCUUCCGAGGCUUGUACAGAGGGCUUGGUCCACAGCUUGUGGGUGUUGCCCCAGAGAAAGCUAUCAAAUUGACAAUGAAUGAUUUGAUGCGAGACAGAUUAUGUAACAAAGAUGGCAGUAUUGCAUUGUGGGCAGAAAUGGUCUCUGGUGGUAUUGCGGGAGCUUCACAGGUCAUGUUUACAAAUCCUCUGGAAAUUGUGAAGAUUCGUCUACAGGUUGCUGGGGAAAUUGUCGGCAAGACUAAAGUUAGUGCGAUUGGUGUUGUCAAGGAACUGGGCUUUCUCGGACUUUAUAAGGGAUCUAGAGCAUGUUUUCUGAGAGAUAUUCCAUUCUCAGCAAUAUAUUUCCCUGCCUAUGCUCAUUUCAAGAAAUAUUUCGCUGACGAAAAUGGCUACAACCAUCCUGGAACAUUGCUUCUCGCAGCUACAUGUGCAGGUGCCCCUGCAGCUGCUCUGCCCACACCUGCUGAUGUGAUAAAAACCCGUCUGCAAGUAGCAGCUCGUCAAGGGCAGACAACUUACAAUGGUGUCAUAGACUGUGCACGCAAAAUUUUAAGAGAGGAAGGCUUUGGUGCUUUCUGGAAAGGAACACCAGCUCGAGUGUUCCGUUCUUCACCGCAGUUUGGUGUUACUUUGCUCACAUAUGAAUUGUUACAGCGACUCUUCUAUGUCGACUUUGGUGGAAGACGGCCAGAGGGUUCUGCUGCGAAACCAACACAUUUACAAGAUCAAUUAUCACGCAAUCCAGAUCAUAUAGGUGGUUUCCGCUUGGCUUUAGCAACGUUUGAUGGCAUGGAGAGACAACUUGGUCUUUGUUUACCGAAAUUUCGUAACGCAGUCACUGAAGGGACGACUUGAGGAUAGCUCAUUUAUAGACGUUUAAAAUUUAGUGACAGAUAUUUUAUUUAUUUUUUGUUAAUUAGGGUCAUUUUUAGCUCACCGGGAUCGUGAAUGAGCAUUGUCAUUACCCGUUGGAAAGUCACCCUAUCCAUUAAUGAGAAAUGUGUUUGACAAAAAAAUUGAGUCUGGCAACUUGGUUAAGUAAUGGUUUAACUGAAAAAACAGCACACCAGAUAAUUGCCUUUAAUAGAAAAUGUAUAGUUUCCAAAAUAUGGAAGACCAUGUUACUGUUGGUUUACAGAAUAUUGAAACUUAAUUGUUAACAAAUUGCAGGAUAGAAACCACAGUUUUUUUAAAUCUUAUAAGUUUAUCCAUUUUAUGAUUUGCCCAGUUAUUGACUUUAUGAAUUUGAAAUGAUCUUUAAUUAUUUAAUGGUCUAGGUGUCAGUGUUACUAUACAUUGGUACAAUAACAAACUGAUGGUGUUAAACAAUCACAGUUAACAAGGUGCAUGGCUGUAUGAUAUUCUGUGGUAUUCUUGGGUCCUUGCAAAUAUAAAUGGCAUAUUUUUCAAAGAAUUAAAUUUCUUGACACAGUUGUUGAAUUAUAAUGAGAUUAAGAGUUGAAAAAAAUAGAGGUUUUGGAUGGUGAUGUAUUUAUGUGUUUAUUAUCAGUUGAUUUAAAAUGGUUAUUUUUCUUCCCGAGAACUAAAAUGUGCUGGACCUAUUUAUGCUGUAAAAUUAGUAAAUUUCAUUGGCCUAAUAUAUCAUGGUUUCAGAUUUUAAAAAUAACUGGGAAAUUUAUCUGUUAGGAUUAAAUUUGAGAAUUGACGCAAAAAAAACCCUACAAAGAAUACAAAAUGCAGAUAUAAUAAUCAUAUUUCGCAUCGAAAAACAAAAAUGUUUUUGUGUAGUAUUACAGAAAUAAGAACUAGUGGAAAAGUGUUAGUGAUAUUCAAUGCAAUAAUAGUAACCAGUUAUUGCAGGAUUUCUGUAAUCAGAGAGCAUAAGUGUUGAUUAUUUAUCGGGCUGGUUUCGAAUUACCUGUUGAUUUUUAUUGUUAUAUUUUAAUAUUAUUGUCAGUUCGAAAAGUGCUGAAACAUUAUAAAGGUUAUUUAGUGAUAUUUGGUGCGAAAAAUCUCAAGUAGUGCUUCAGUUUGAGUAGGUGAUGUUAUUUAGUGAUUCCAAUGUGGUGCACAAGUUAGAAAAAGUACUGAAAUAUUAUCACAGUUAUUUAAUGAUACUGUGAAAAACACAAAGUAGUAGCUUUCUUGCUUGGAUUCUAUCAGGAAGGAGGUGUAUUUAAAGGUUGAUAUAAGUCAUAAAAAUGAUUUCACUAUCAACCUUAAACAAAUUAACAUAGUUAAAGCAAUGAUCUGUCUCAAAAAUCUCCUUAUGCUGAUUUAUUUUGAUUUAUGAUGCAGUUUAUGAUUAUGGACUUUCUUAAAAGUCAGUGUUUAGAAGCCAAAAUUAUGAUUACUUCAGUGACCAUAUGAAAAGGAAGUUACAAAGUUGUGUUAUCCUGUUGACUUCUUUUUAGAUGAUAUAAAUUGUAGACUUAGAUUUUGAUUAAUAUCUUUAUAUUUAUGUCUCCCCCAGGAGACAUAUUGUUUUUGCACUGUCCGUCCGUCCGUACGUACGUCACACUUCAUUUCCGAGCAAUAACUGGAGAACCAUUUGACCUAGAACCUUCAAACUUCAUAGGGUUGUAGGGCUGCUGGAGUAGACGACCCCUAUUGUUUUUGGGGUCACUCCGUCAAAGGUCAAGGUCAGAGGGGCCUGAACAUUGAAAACCAUUUCCGAUCAAUAACUAGAGAACCGCUUGACCCAGAGUGUUGAAACUUCAUAGGAUGAUUGGUCAUGAAGAGUAGAUGACCCCUAUUGAUUUUGGGGUCACUCCGUCAAAGGUCAAGGUCACAGGGGCCUGAACAUUGAACCAUUUCCGAUCAAUAACUAGAGAACCAUUUGACCCAGAAUGUUGAAACUUCAUAGGAUGAUUGGUCAUGAAGAGUAGAUGACCCCUAUUGAUUUUGGGGUCACUCCGUCAAAGGUCAAGGUCACGGGCCUGAACAUUGAAAACCAUUUCCGAUCAAUAACUUGAGAACCACUUGACCCAGAAUGUUGAAACUUCAUAGGAUGAUUGGUCAUAAAGAGUAGAUAACCCCUAUAGAUUUUGGGUUCACUCCAUCAAAGGUCAAGGUCACAGGGGCCUGAACAUUGAAAACCAUUUCUGAUCAAUAACUUGAGAACCACUUGACCCAGAAUGUUGAAACUUCAUAGGAUGAUUGGUCAUGAAGAGUAAAUGACCCCUAUCGAUUUUGGGGUCACUCUGUGAAAGGUCAAGGUCACAGGGGCCCGAACAUUGAAAACUAUUUCCGGUCAGUAACUUGAGAACCACUUGACCCAGAAUGAUGAAACUUCAUAGGAUGAUUGGUCAUGCAGAGUAGAUGACCCCUAACGAUUUUAGGGUCACUCUGUUAAAGGUUAAGGCCACAGGGGCCUGAACAUGGAAAACCAUUUCCAAUCAAUAACUUGAGAACCUCUCGACCCAGAAUGUUGAAACUUCAUAGGAUGAUUGUUCAUGCAGAGUAAAUGACCCCUAUUGUUUUUGGGGUCACUCCAUUAAAGGACAAGGUCACAGGGGCCUGAACAUUGAUAACCAGUUCCGAUCAAUAACUUGAGAACCACUUGACCCAGAAUGUUGAAACUUCAUAGGAUGAUUAAACAUGCAGAGUAGAUGACCCCUAUUGAUUUUGGGGUCAGUCUAUUAAAGGUCAAGGUCACAGUGGCCUGUUCAUGUAAAAUCAUUUUUUGGAAAUAACUUGAGAACCACUUGACCUACAAUGUUGAAACUUAAUAGGAUGAUUGGACAUGCAGAGUAGAUGACCCCUAUUUAUUUUGAGGUUACUUGAUCAAAGGUCAAGGUCACAGGAGCCUGAACAGUGACUUGAGAACCACUAGGCCAAGAGUGUUGAAAUUUAGCGUGAUGACUGGACAUGCCAAGUAGAUGAUCCCUAUUGCAGCUAACCAUCAGUGUCUCUUCGACUUUCGCUCCUGACCCCUAUUGACUUCUUGCCUGUAGGACUUUGCAUUGGGGGAGACAUGCGCUUUUUUACAAAAGCAUUUUCUAGUUUCUUUGUGUAUUUCUUGCAUCAAUGUUCUUGUGAGCACUAAAUCUCUCACCAAAAGGGGUUGUAGCUCACAGAAGGGUACUCACUUAUGUAGUUAAAUGCUUAAAAAUUCUGUAAGAUUUCAUGUAAAAACAGUUUUACUAGAAUAUUAAUUGUCAUUUCAGGAGCCACUUUAUAGAAACACAUGUACUAGUAGCUUAUUUAUCACAAUGAAUCACUAGUUGACUGUCCGUGGUUGUAAUAUGUUAUACAGUUUUGUGUUUUUUUGUGAAUGAGCAUCAUUGUGCGAAAACCAACAUCAGGGCUCUGAGACCAGCAAGGAUCCAGAUCAGUGCACAUCCAUACUGUCCAUUUAUCCUCACAUCCAUACUGUUUGUUUAUCAAUUUCAGCACUUGUAUGACACUGGUAUGGAUCCAGAUCAUGCUGAAUGGAUGUACAGGUUAAUUUCAGUCCAUACUGGUCACAAAGUUGUAACAUUGGUUUUUGCGCAGCAGCGCUCAAAUCUUGUUAGUUAAUUAUAAGUUUAUACCUGUACCUUAUGUAUUUAUGUUCUGCACCGGUGCCCAAGUAAUCAUAGAAAGUUACUGAAAAGUUUGUGAUUUCAGCACUUCUGUCUGAGUGCAUGCAUAUAGGAAAUCCUUACACAUAAAUGUAAUAAUACACGUGUUAAAUCAAGCAGUACGUUUUAUCAGGUUGUUUGCUACGGAUAGAUCAACACAAUUGAGACAUUGUAUUUAGAUUUUCAAGUACUUUUAGCAUGUGUAACAGCAAAAAUAUUAUAAGUUGUGAUGUUCUGAAUUUCGAAACAUCUUAUGCAUAAUGAAAUACUAUGCAUACCUAUACAAGUAUGAAAUCAGAACCUUACUUAUUAUUAUGAUCCUUCAUAAAUUGCAUUUCUAAAAUAAAACAUUCAUAAAAUCUCUACUUUGUGAAACAAUUUCUGCUAAAUGUUUGUAGGUAUUUUAAGCAGGUACGCUGAUUUUCUGUGGAUUUUUAUAUCUAGCACAUGCUCAUUUUACAUCAUUUAUUCAUUUAACAGUUACUGGAACAAAAUCUCUUGAUUAACUAAAGCAUACAAAAGUAUCGAGUAAUCUUAUAUUCAUAUGUUUACCUGAAUUAGCUCAUAAUCUUGACUCGGUGCCAUUGGGGUCAAAGCUUCUGACCGUUUGGUCUAUAUAAAAACAUUUUGAGACAGCUCUUGGAAAUUUGUGCUUCUUACCAAAAAUUCAUCCCACCAGAGAUAUCUAUGACUCUUUGUAACUGCUGUGCAUGUAUAUAGACCAAGCUUUGACGCAUGACAGUCUUUUAUCAAAUGAAAUUAAUUUUUCCCUCCGUAGUUAUGUGUAGCCAAGGUAAACUUUUCAAUAAAUAAUUGUUAAGUCAAGGACUAUUCAUAUGACACCAAUUUAAAAGUAUGUGUCCACUUAACAAAAAUACAUGAAAUGCAAAAUAACACAGGAUUUUUGUCAAGUAGAAAAUAAAAGUGAUUAUGGCCCAGGUAUUUUAUAAUAAGAUGAAAGGAUUCAUUUUUAAAACUCUUGAUUUCUGAACUUUUGCGCAAAUGCACCUUAAAAAAAUUUCAUAGAGGCUACACUAGAGACUUUGCCUUGUACUUUGAGUAAAGUUACAGUUAGAAACCAGUUUUGGGACCACUCAUUUAUUUCAGUUUAAUGUUAUGCAUUAGAUAGUCUUUUUUAAUCUGCCUUCAUUCAGUAGAAUUUAUACAUUGUGCAUUUUCGCGAAAGGUGAACACUUUAGAGCCUCAUUGAGCUCAUUUUUUAAAUCAAGGUUUUUUAUGUAGUAAAGUUGUCUGUUGCAAAAAAAUAAAAUAGAAUGAUUUAUCAGGUCAGAAAGUGUAAGUUUAAGAAUAAAACCUGUAUUAGGACAUGAUGCCUAAUAGGGGUACUAUAGAAGGAGACUCGAGAAAAUUUAAAGCCUUUAAAUCUGGCGAUUCUGUAAUUGUAAAACAGUUAUAUAACUAAAAAUUAAUUAUGCAUGUAGUAACAAUGUUCAGGAAAUUUUGAAUAAAGCAUAUUUUUCUGGAAUUGAUUUCAGUGCUUAAAGAGCUUAUUGUUUCCUUUAAACUUUCAAAAAUCAAAUUUUGAUUUCUUUGGAAGAAAAGAAGUUACUUCACAUUUUUAUCAUGUAAGAACGGAAGCUCAAACUGCUCAAUUUGACCAAGUCAGACAAAAUCCCAUCAUAACUCUAACAUCUUGUAAUAUUCCAAUAAAUAAGUUCAAAUAAUAAUCACAAUAAAGAUGGUUAAUUUUUACUAUAUCAUUUCAUUUCAAAGUUCUAUCAAAGGUGGUUUGCCUUGGUUAAAUUAAGCAGGGGAGAUUUGGUCUUUAAUUCUUAUCUUGUGUUGAGUAGUAGUUAGUUUGCUGUUACGUUGACCUUGAUACUUACAUGCACUUUACAAGGGAUUGUUUAAGGAUAUAUACAGUAGUGAGUGUACCUGGUUUUAAGCUGGUUGUUUAUGAAGCACUUGUCUCCUUUUAAGCUCAUCUGAGCACUAAGUGCUUGCGGUGAGCUAUUGUUGUUGCUCACCAUUCUGUGUCUGUCCGUCCGGCAUCUGUCAGCCUAUCCACAUUUUCUUCAAACAACAUCUUCUCUGAAAACAUUUUGGUAGAAGUUGAUGAAACUGCGUGGAUGUUUUUGGGUGGUCCGCUUCCAAAUUUGUUCAAACUGUUCCACUUGGAUAUUCAUAAGGGCUGCCAGAGCUAAGAGCGGAAAAGUCUUCAAACAGCAUCUCCUCCUAGAUUGCAGGUCUAAUUUGUAAAUAAUUUCACACAAAUGGUCUUACGUGACCCUGUACCAAGAUUGUUCAAACUAUUCCACUUCGUUAAAAAAAUAUGGUUGCUAGGGGGCAUGGUCACUUUUACCUUGUAUGUAUAUAGUGGAAACUUUAAAAAUCUUUAUGUACGAAACUGCUAGCCCAAUUUUAAAAUGGUUUCACACAGUCCAAUGGUCCUUAUAUGACCCUGUACCACGAUUGCUCAAAUGAUUUUGGUUCAUCAUAAAAUAUGGUCACAAGGGUGUGUGGUAACUUUUCCCUAUAUGUUUGUAGUGGAAACUUAAAAAAUCAAUUUUUAAUUUUGUCAUAUCACACUGAUUCCCUAUUCCAAAAUGGUCUUAAACCCCCCCCCCCCAAACACACAUCACCUGUCCAUAUUUAUUUAGUAGAAACUUUUGAAAUAUUCAUGCCAGAAAACACUGUCACUGUUACGAAAUCGUAUCACAGAAUUUUCCUUGCAUAACCAUCAAGAGCAAUCAGUGUAACUCAGGUGAGCGAUCUUGGGCCAUCAUGGCCCUCUUGUUCCAGGUCAAUAUCAAGUCAGUAUUGCUGUUUCAUAGCACAUAUAUAGGCUGUGAAGACUACCUCGAAUAUGAAACAACAGGGUCAGGUGCUUAAUUAGCUUUUUACAACAGAAGAUUUUUUCGUUUCUAAUAAUGGCAUAAUGAUAAUGGCAUGCCAUAAUAUUGCACCUCUUUAAAACAUUUUGGUCUGGGAAUGGCAAAUUUGUCACACUAAAGAUUGCUUGCUGUGUAAGCGCCAUCUGUUUAUUAUAAAACAUUUUCAUUGUAAAUAGUUGCUGGACUUCCAUUGUAUUGAGUGUCUGAUUAUUUUGCAAUUUUCAAAAUUUCAAUUUUUGGAUGUUUUAAUAUUCAAAAUGUAUUGCCAGUUUUGUAGUGCUGACUUUUAUUGUGUUAUUUAGUUGAAAAAAAAACCAGACUAAAUUAAAUCCUCAUUUAAUAAAGUUACAAAAAUGUCUUUAGGUAACUUAAUUUACCAAGUUUUUCUCAACCAAAAUAGUUCAGCCAGAAUGUCUAAUUUCAAGUACACAUAUCACAUAUUUUUAAAAGAAAGAAAUGUCCAAUAUAUGGAAGUAAUAUAUUUGUAUAUAAAGCUCUACAUAUUUACAAAUAAACAAAGGGAAAAAAUCCUUCAAUCAGCAGAAGCAUCUAUUGUUGGAUAUAACUAGAAAAAAGAUGUUUUACAGGACAUAGAAACAAUUUUAAAAGUUUAAAAUACCAAAUGUCACUUUAUAUAUGUCACUAUAAUUGUAAAAUUUACAAACUUGUUAUUGUAAUUAUUUUUUUUUAGCAAAAGUUCAAUUUUGCUGUGAAUGCGUAUUGUUAAUUUAUACCAUUUUUUUGUUUCACUUAACUUGGGUAUAAUUUUCAAAGGGUAAAAUAGUUUAAAUUAAUGAAGUAAUUUUUUAUAAAGCAGAUGACUACAUUCAUUGGUUUUGACUAUAAUGGUCAAAUUAGUGAGUUAUUCUACCUUUUAGUUUAAUAAAUACUGUAUUUAGUGAAUUACAGAAACACUGCUGUUUCAGUGUUAGAUUAUUGAUAGUAGUAUAAAUAGAACAGUGUUUAAUACACGAUCUAAGUUAUACAUACAGUCCAACCUCUACUGAAGACUACUUAUGAACAACGACAACAUAAUAAAGACCAUUGAUUUAGUUUUAGUUCAAACAUUUAUUAUAGUGUAUUUUAUUCUGUGAAUAUGAAUCACCUUCAGCUAAAGAUUACCGUAUGGUGGUCUCUGUAGACCGGGUUGACUGUACGUUGAGCCUGCAUAAAGCCUGCUGUUAUUGUUAAUUAUUUGCUCAUUGAUUAUGUGUUUACUGGUGCUUCUACAGGCUUGCUAUACCUGGCUUAUAAUGGCUACUGUACUUUAGUAAUGAACUUGAUUUAUAUUUACAUCUUGGAAUAAUGUUUAAGCUUGUGGGAUAAAUUGUUCACCUGAAACUAGAUAAUACUGAUAAACCUAUUUGAUAAAUGUUGGGUCAAGUGUACAUUUCAUUGGUUAUGUAGAUAUGGAUGUUAUAACAUCGUCAAAAUUGAGAUAAGAUACUGCAAACUAACAGAAUUUCUCCCACUGUAGAGAUUUUGCUGUUCAAAUAGUUAACUAAAAUGGUUAAUUUGCCUAAAUACUUUUAACAAAGUCAGUUGCUGGUUGGUGACAGGUAAAUCCAAAGUAAUUUAAACAUCUCAAAAACUCUUUAACAAGGAAGUGGGCUGCUGCAUCCUGGUCUUCUGGACUUUCAGUUUGCUUAUGGAAGGAACGUUGAGCCAUGUUAAUGUGUAAAACGUUAGUCCAGAGUGAGUCAACUAAAGCUGCAUGACUGCUCAGUUCAACUUUCAUCACAUCAAACAAGUUCUUCAUUCAGAUAAAGCCAUUAUUUAUAGAUAUUAGGUCUAAGGAUAAUUUAUAUAUAUGAAAGGUGCUGUGGAAUAAUUACUAUUUUGUGGAGGAUUGAUAUCAUAGAUUUUGUGGUGGACUUAAUCCACAAAAUAAACCCCCAAUGAACAGCUAAAAUUACCAUUUAUUUUAUGUUUAAAGGUAUAAUUGAACAAAUUUAUAUCAACACGAAGCAGCUGUUUUGACCUAAACCACGAAAUACAGUUUUCUUAAAAAUAAUUGAUUUCACAGUUCAUUUAAAUUAAAGUUUCACUGUUACAGAAUUUAUACAAGUUAUGAAUUGUAGGAUAUAUAAAUGUUGCAUUUUGAAAAUAUUGUUGAGUCAGCAAUUCUGUAAUUUUGGUUUUCAAAAAUUAUAUAAACUACACUUAUCAUUCUAAAUAUCAUCGGUGUAGGUAUCUGGAACUUCUUUUUCUUGAAAAUCACUUUAAUCCAUGAAGCUGGUGGUCAAAAUCUUCGUCUGAAAAUUUGUGCAAAUUUCUGUUCCAUGAAAAUUUUGGAAAACGUUUUUAGAAAAUUAUUUGUAAGAGUUUGUUUCUUUCGUUUUAACAAGGCAUUCUGUUAGUUGCUUUUCAUUGAAAAAAGCUCAGAAUGGAUGAAAUUAUGCAGUUGAAGAGAAUUUUAAGAUGCUAUAUUCAAAUAAUUUGGUGCUAAAUUAAAAAUAAAUAAACUCCAAAACUCCAGUGACCAUCUCCCCAGUUCUUUAGAAUUAUAUAUAAAUUUGAAAAAAGAAGAAGUUGAUGAAAAGCUUUCUUAUAGAAUAGCUGAGUCAAACAAUAAAAUCUUCUCACAGAAACCUGCCACACAGCUUGACUUAUGUACAUUUUGCAAUUAAGAAUGAUAUUUUUACUGUUGAUGGAAUUGCUGGUGAAUGUUGAGGCAUUUACCCAUUUGGAAUGUGUUUUGAUAAAGAAUGCCCCAUAAAUGUACAGAGUAUACAAGCUGAAAUAAAAUAAAUAAAAACAAUUA